AUGAAACCUGCGAUCUUCCCGAAGCGAGGCAGCGGAAAUGCACUGUCUCCCCAGGCGGACCUUGCUGCGAGUGGGACGGAAAUGCCGGCGUCAGUGCUGGAGCCGCUGCAGGCGCGCAGCAGCAGCAGCAGCAGCUGCAGCAGCAGCAGCAACCCCUUCGACGCCUACGGGGACGCGCCCCCGGAGGCCCCCGGCGUGAAGCCGCGCCCGGGGGCCCUCACAGCCUUCGCAGCAGCGCCGGAAAGCCAAAGCGCGGGGGGCAGCAGCAGAGGCGCAGCAGCAGCAGCAGCAGCAAGUGCUGCAGUGCUGUACCCCGAAGGGCUGCCCAAGUUUCUGGGGCUGCUGCGGCCCACCAUCACCUUCGGCGUGGGCCGGCUGACGCUGAGUCGGGGCAUGGACUUCAUUGCCCACUUUGUUGCAGUUUCAACUUUAGUUUUCUUCGUCUUUAUUCUCUUCGCAGUCAACUGGAUGCAGAAGCUCUGCCUCCCCAUCGUCAGCAACUGGACCCACAACUGCACCCUCGCCGUCGGCGCCUUCAUGGCCCUUUUAGCGAUCUUCUCGUGGCGUUCUGCCGCGAACUUCGACUUGAAACGCUCAAAAGUCUUUCUUUUUCUCCUGGGGUGGCGUUUGCAUGUUUUUCUUUUGCUGAGUUUGCUGAUGGUCUUGGGCUUGGCGCUGAAGCCCCAGCUGAACGCCCACGUGGAAAACAGCGUCCGCGUCUGCAUGCUGCGGCAAGAAACAACUGCUGCUGCUGCUGCUGCUGCUUUCCCUUUCCCCAUUUCCGGAGUUUCGCUGCUGCCCACUUUGCCACUGCCGGUCCUCAACUACGCCGGGCCUGCGCACCGCGCGCCGCGGGGUGUACGUACACCUGAGAGCCCGCCUGCGGCCCAUCCCGCUGCAGCAAAAGAGCAGCAGGAGCAGCAGCAAGAAGCCAACAAAGAGUCCAUUGAUGGAACUAAGCCACUUCCAGAAGCCGCACAAAGUCCGGGCCAGACGGGGGGCCCCCCGGGAGCAGCACAGGGACAAGCAGCACAGCCAGGAGCCCCAGCAGGGGCCCCCUCAGCGGCAGCUGGGGCCCCCAAUUCAAAUUCGACAGAAAGGGGGAAGGAAGAGCAGAAAACAGAAAAUGAAAAGACGCAAGAAGAGCUGCAACAUGCAGCAAACGGACCUGCUGCUGCUGCUGCAGCAGACGCCCCAGCAGCAGAAGAAACGGCCGCAGCAGCAGCAGGAAGCGAGGGCUCGGCCGGCCCGGAGCCUGCUGCGCAGCAAGAACCAGCAGCAGCGGCAGCAGCAGCAGCACUGCCAGCAGCAGGAGCGCCAGCAGCAGCAGAAGCGCCGCCAGCAGCAGCAGCAGAAGCACCAAAGCCUGCAGCUGGGGAAGCAGAAUCAAGCGCAGCCGCAGCAGAGGCUGCAGCGGCUGCAGCAGAGGCGCAGCAGCGGAAGGAGCGGGAGGGCAGCGGCGCUGCUGCGGACGCCGCGCGGGCAGCAGCAGCAGCGAAGGUGCAGCAGCAGAUGCUGCAGGCAGCACAAGUUGCUGCUGUCAAAGAAACAAAUGUUGCUGUUGUGAUAAUUCUUGUUGUGGCAUCUCUUGCACUUGUUUUUGAAUUAUAUUUAAUGUACGCCUGCUGGAGCUUUAAAGUCUGGAUGGAAAGGGGCUACGAGGCCGUGGUGCUCGCGGGAGUGGCGCCGUUUGCGCCUGUAGACGGAGGCAACGGCUGGCUGGCCUACGCUGUACGGAUGCCGCAGACAGUUCAGCUUGAGACUUACGGGGGCAACGCCGGCGGCCCCGGCCAUCUCCCCGUCUUUGUGCAGACAACAGACUCGUCGGACUGUUUUGCAAAUGUGAAUCUUCCGAUGACGGGUCGGUGGUGA